AGCUGAUUCUGAAAAGGACCAAACAACUAACAACGGUUAUAAUGCCGCGUCCUGCAAUAUUCGUUCUUUUCUGUUCAAUAAUUUUACUAAAAGCCGCUUAUGGCUACAAGGAGUUGCACGGCCUGAAUGGAAAGAUUUUUCCGAAGGCCGCCACUUUUAACUUUCCCGAGUACGCCUACAAGGAGACCAGCAAGAAUGAAAUAACAUACCAUGAACUGGAAGUGUCCUGUGACCAGCAUGUCAAAUGCGUGAACCUUAGUCCUGUGGGAGUGGCUAAGAUCAACUGUAUCCGGCAGUGCAUUUCGCCGUCCUGCUAUCAGGACAUUUACGCCUUCAAUGAGCUGGAGGAAGGCGAGAUCGAUGCCAGGCUUAACUCCUUCAAGGGCUGCGUCAUCCAGCGGAUGUAGCAGCGACCGCAGCUGUUCAAGGAGUGCUUCAUAUUCAAGUGGUUGGAAUUAACCGGCAUUACGUAUUAAGUUAUGAAUGAACUUGAAAGAACUAAGUCAUUUGAUUGACCUGUGGCCGCAGGCAGGAUUACUUUUGUCUAUAAGAGAAGGAAAUAAAUUUCAAAAUAAAUUAGUAUUCAUGCCGAAUGUAAAUACAUUUUUAAGUUUGUAUC